GCCGGGUGCAUGUGAAUGUGACGAGUGGCAAUUCAGCGUGACAUUCCUCCUUCCCGCCUCCACAGCGACCUAACUCUCCACUACGCAAUACAUUGCACGGCACCCUCCUCUUUGCACAUCAGCAGCUCGACUUCGACGAUCGUCGUGCUUUUGGCCUCUUCGAAAUGGGAACCGUUUUUGCUGGUCCUGUGCCUCUUCGCACCUUCUUUGAAGACCUCAUGCCGGCCGGUGGCACGAGGUGGGUCAAAGAAAUAUUACCGAAGAUGCCUAGAGUUGGAUUCUCUACUGUUCCCUGUGAGACCAACCGUGAAAAGGAUAUGUAUAGUCCCAUCUGUAAGGGCGUGAACAAGGCCAAAGUAUGCCCAGGUUUCAAGUUGAUAUGUGUCGCCAAUGAAGGCUCCAUGAAAGACUGUCAACUGCGGCCUGACCUGGCCUUGGUGGGACCGGGCAGUCUUGGUACCCUGGACGACAUGCACUGCUGGGCUCAAGUUAAAGGCCACAAACGAAAGGAUGCCUUUUACAACUUUGACGCCGAGGAGUCCACAUUGGACACUUCGGAGAAAAGUGUAGACGAUAGGGCUGAUAUGCUCUCAUACGCAACCGCAUUACUAUCUCGGCAACAUCGAGUCUUCGCAUUUUCUCUGCAUUUCUUUGAUCGAUUUGUCCGCAUCUUACGAUGGGACCGUUCCGGGUGCAUCGUGUCAGAAGCCUUCAACUACCACGAGGAUCCAGACAGCCUGGCCGAAUUCUUUUGGAGGUAUAGCCAUCUUACUCCCGAAUAGCAAGGAUUCGAUGCCAGUGCCGUACGCGCUACUAAGAACGAAGCGGCCCUUCCAUCCUUAGCUUUAGAUGCAUUCAUCA